CAACCAACAUCACAUAACGCGUUUUAAAAGACACAGAAGUAGACAUAGAAAAGUUUACGUAAAAAAAUUAAAAAUUAAAAUAAAUAGACCAUUAUGUCAUGUUUAACAAGAUCUUGGUAAAAAAAAAUCCAUAUAAAAAAUUUAUUAAAAAAAAGUCUGGUAUCCUCACGUCUAAUGUAAACAAAUUUUAAACGCGAAAGUUGAACGUUUCUUAAAGGGAUUCAAAUUGUUUUUUUUUUUUUUUUUUAAUUUAACAACAAGUGUUAUUUGAUCUUUAUAAACAGAAAAAGAAUCAUAAAUAAACAUAAAUAAUAAAGUGCUUUAUAAAACAAAAAACUUGGAAAUAUACAGAAGCUUAAACAAAUGUUUAUGAUCAAUUCUUACAUUAAUUUUUAUGGUGCUUGAAGUGAUUUCAAAUUAAAAAAAAAAUAACGAAGAAAAAAAGUAAUUAUUAUUUUCAAAAAUCCAAAACCAGCAAGACAAGACCAGUCAGUCAAUGGCUGAUGUCUGUUGUUUGUAAAUAUUUGUCAACCAUAGUCUAAAUACUACUACUACUACUAUUACUGGUGCCUUUGCUUGCAUUGCUGCUGUUGGAUUAAUGUGGUUCCAUUGACCGUUGUUUGUCUGCCUUGUUUCAGCUAUGCUGCCUUGGAUUAUUAACUACCCUGUCUUGGUCUCACAACGAAAUGGAUCCAAAAAGUUUAGCUAAAACCUGUGCCAUGAAGGAAAAAAGCAAAAAUGCGGCACGCACCCGACGUGAAAAGGAAAAUGCGGAAUUUUUCGAAUUGGCCAAAUUAUUACCACUACCAAGUGCAAUUACAUCACAAUUGGAUAAAGCCUCCAUAAUACGCUUGACCACCUCAUAUUUGAAAAUGCGCCAAGUUUUUCCUGAAGGUUUAGGAGAAGCUUGGGGUUCUUCGCCUGCCAUGCAAAGAGGUUCCACUAUUAAGGAAUUGGGUUCACAUCUUUUACAAACUUUAGAUGGUUUUAUAUUUGUAGUAGCACCUGAUGGCAAAAUUAUGUACAUCUCAGAAACCGCCUCUGUUCAUUUAGGUUUAAGUCAGGUUGAAUUAACUGGCAACUCAAUAUAUGAAUAUAUACACAAUUAUGAUCAGGAUGAAAUGAAUGCGAUAUUAUCCCUACAACCUCAUAUGUAUCAAAAUCCGGAUGCAUUUAUAAAUUCUUUACACCUAACACAGACAAAUCCCGCCUCCAUUGGCAGUCCAAAUGGUAACACAAACUAUGGUGUGGCCGGUGGUGAUCGUGGCUGUCAUACCAUUGAAAUUGAGAAACAAUUUUUCCUGCGUAUGAAAUGUGUUCUGGCCAAACGUAAUGCCGGUCUAACCACUUCCGGUUAUAAGGUUAUUCACUGUUCCGGUUAUUUGAAAGCCCGCAUUUAUCCCGACUAUGGUGAUGGUCAAGGUGGUUAUAUACAAAAUCUUGGCCUCGUAGCUGUUGGUCAUUCCCUGCCUACAUCUGCGAUUACGGAAAUAAAACUACAUCAAAAUAUGUUUAUGUUUAGAGCUCAUAUGGAUUUGAAAUUAAUAUUUUUAGAUGCUAGAGUAUCACAACUUACUGGUUAUGAACCUCAAGAACUUAUUGAGAAGACUUUGUAUCAGUAUAUACAUGUGCAGGAUAUAGUGAACAUGCGUAUAUCACAUCAAAUACUUUUGUAUAAAGGACAAGUUACCACCAAAUAUUAUCGUUUUCUAACAAAGGGUGGCGGUUGGGUUUGGGUGCAAUCCUAUGCCACCUUAGUGCACAAUAGUCGUUCGUCGCGACAAGUUUGCAUUGUUAGUGUAAAUUAUGUUUUAAGUGAACAAGAGGCCAAAGACUUAGUACUUAAUGAAAUACAAACGGGUGUUAUCAAAACUGAACCCAUCUCAACGCCAGCUCCCAUACCAACACCAGCCCUACAUGCCAGUCAUGCAGCAGCCGUUGCCAAUGUACCACAUUCAGUUUCAGCACUAAACAAUAGUGCCAACUCUGUGCUGAGACAUACAACUGCAAGCGGAUUAACUCCCAGCGUUUUGAGUACAAGUCCUAAAUUGGAGGCCUGCUACGAGUCGACGGUGGGUCAAUUGCCAACAGCAGUGACACCAAUUUUAAGUACAAAUAGUAGUUCAAGUAGUAGUAACAAUAAUGGCUACCUAAGUCAACAUCAAGCCACUCCAGCCACACCACAACAGCAAACAGCUCUUCAUAAUGAUCAUCAACAUCAGCCGCUACAGCAACAACAACAUCACCCGCACCAGCAUCACCAUCAUCAUCAUCACCACCACCAAACCGAACAUAUGCAACACCAAGCAAUAAAUCCACAACAGCAACAACAACAACACAUACUAGAUAUUAUGGAUCCUCAUCAGCCUCCGGCCAAUCUUAGCUAUACCCAAUUAUAUCCGGUCAAUGAGUCUAUAGUGAGUUCUAGCAGUUCUUUGGCUCAUGAACACAUGCAUCAAUAUCCCGAUACCACAACUGGCAGCAAUUCAUAUUACGGUAAUAACAAUUAUUAUUAUGAUGCCACCGUAGAUGUAACAGCUGCCUCUUUGAUACGUCCCUUCUCGGCCAAUUCGAAUAGUUGUUCGAGUAGUUCAGAGAGUGAAAGACAACUGUCAACGGGUAAUGCUUCCAUAGUUAAUGGUACUUCACCGCAAACCACCUACAGUGAUCUCAGUCAUAGUUUUGAAUUGAAUUAUUUCUCAGAUAGUAGUUCCCACCAACUGCAUCAUCAGCAACAACAACAGCAGCAACAUCAGCAACAACAUCAUAUACAACACAACACAUUAACCGAACUUGUUUCUCCCUUACAAGGCCACCAUUUAACGCCACUAGAUCAUCAAUCUACAGCGCAACAUCACUCUCUAACACAAUUGGAACUACAGCAACAUCCACAACACUCCAAUCAAAACCAGCAUCAGCAACAACAACAGCCGCAACAACAUAUUGUAGCGAAUAGUUUUACGGAAACCUUUAAAAAUGUCAAUGGACCCCACUAUACCAGCGUUAUAGUUGAGCCCCAACAUUAUAUAAACAAUGAUUAUGUGCAUUAACCUUUAAAGUUUUUGAUCAUUUCAAAAACUUCUAAAGAAACUUCUUCUUCAGCCACCGCUACAAAAAAUCUACAAACAAUAAGUUUUUCUAUUAAUUUCUAUUGUUGCAAUGCUAUUUGAUAUAGAAAUUUAAUUAAAAUAAAUAUGGCUGAGCCAUUUUUAUAAAAAC